CAAACACCUACAUUUACUUAUUAACCAUGAAGCUUCAUGGACUAGCCUUGAUAUGUUUUUUAAUUGCUGUGGCGAGCUGCAAAGCUAUUGAGGACAUUGAUUGCGAAGAGAACGAGCCAUUCACAUGUCGAAACACUGAUCAGUUAAGCAGUAAGACUUUCCCAAAAGACUUUAUCUUCGGUGUUGCUUCUGCUGCUUACCAGGUGGAAGGGGGCAGAGGACGUGGUCUUAACAUUUGGGAUGGCUUCACUCACCGAUACCCAGAGAAGGGAGGAUCCGAUCUUGGGAAUGGAGACACUACCUGUGAGUCAUAUACGAGAUGGCAGAAAGAUAUAGAUAUCAUGGACGAACUCAAUGCUACUGGCUACAGAUUCUCAUUUGCCUGGUCAAGAAUCAUUCCAAAAGGAAAGGUGAGUAGGGGAGUGAACAAAGGAGGUCUUGAAUACUACCACAAACUCAUAGAUGGCCUCAUCGCAAAGAAUAUAACACCUUUUGUUACCCUCUAUCACUGGGACCUUCCUCAAACACUGCAAGAUGAGUAUGAAGGUUUCUUGAACCGCACCGUCAUAGAUGACUUUAGAGAUUAUGCGGAUCUAUGUUUUAAGGAAUUUGGUGGAAAGGUGAAGAACUGGAUCACGAUCAACCAGCUGUACACAGUGCCUACGAGAGGCUAUGCAAUCGGAACAGAUGCACCCGGUCGAUGUUCUCCGAAGGUUGAUGAGAGAUGUUACGGCGGAAAUUCUUCAACAGAACCUUAUAUAGUUGCACACAACCAGCUUCUUGCUCAUGCUGCGGCGGUCGAUGUUUACAGGACAAAAUAUAAGUUCCAAAGAGGGCAGAUCGGACCAGUGAUGAUAACUAGAUGGUUUCUUCCAUUUGAUGAGAAAGACAAAGACAGCAUAGAAGCAGCUGAUAGGAUGAAAGAAUUCUUUUUGGGAUGGUUCAUGGAGCCGCUAACAAAGGGUAGAUACCCAGAUAUCAUGAGAAAAAUUGUGGGAAGCCGGCUUCCCAAUUUCACGGAAGCAGAAGCAGAACUCGUUGCGGGUUCAUAUGAUUUUCUUGGUCUCAACUACUACACCACUCAGUACGCCCAGCCAAAACCUAACCCAGUUACAUGGGAAAAUCACACUGCCAUGAUGGACCCAAGCGUAAAGCUCACAUAUAAAAAUUCGCGUGGUGAAAAUCUUGGUCCACUGUUCGGCGACGUCUAUUACCACCCAAAAGGCAUUUAUUACGUUAUGGACUACUUCAAAACCAAAUACAGUAACCCUUUGAUCUAUAUCACAGAGAACGGAUUUAGUACUUCCGGUGACGAAACCCGUGACGAAGCUAUUGCCGAUUACAAGCGCAUCGAUUAUCUCUGCAGUCAUCUAUGUUUUCUCCGUAAGGUCAUCAGGGAGAAGGGUGUCAACAUAAAAGGAUACUUUGCAUGGGCUCUUGGAGAUAAUUAUGAAUUCUGCAAAGGUUUUACUGUUAGAUUCGGACUUAGUUACGUUAACUGGACAGACCUCGAUGAUAGAAAUCUAAAAGAAUCUGGAAAAUGGUACCAAUGCUUUAUUAAUGGUACCACUAAGUACCCUGCAAAACAAGAUUUCCUCCGCUCAAACCUCUCCUUCGAGAGCCAGAAGAAGAAGAAACUCUCAGAUGCAUGAAACACUUUAUCCCACUAUCAUGAUCAUCUUCGUAUCUCUACCACUUGCUUCAUAGAUAAGGAGCUUGUUCUAUCUAUAUUGUACUAAAGAAUAUUCCAAUAAAAGAUGAUCAUUUACUAAUAAAUAUUUUCGUUUGAG